AUGGUCGCAUUUCUAUCCAUAACCCAAUCAAAUGCUUACAACUGUGACAAUGCCUUCCAGCGUAUUCCCAAUACCCCCAACUCAGUUGUGUGCCAAACCGGCCUCGUGGCGCUAUCAGAUUGGAUAUUCUCAGAUUGUGUGACCACCCCAGCAGGGUGGGUUAAAAACCAUGUCCGAGUGAAGGAAUUUACUGUCAAUAUUGCGCUUCAUAGAAUUGAGAUUUGGGGUCACAAGUUUUGGCCAGGGACCUUCGUCCCUGCCCUUGAUUCAGAGCCAUACCACUGCCCCAUGAGUCACGAAAACCUGCGGAGGGCUACUUGCCCCAAUGACCAAUGUGUCCCCCUCUAGUCAAUCUGA